AUUUUUAUCUGUUCCUCUCCAAAUCCCAGUUCGAUGAGCGGAAAUUCGCCAAGAUUGAAAUCGGAAAAAUGGACACGGACAUUUCCCGGUGGGUGACGGAGUUCCUCCUCCGCAGUUCCGUCCCCGAUUCCCUAAUCCGAAAAGCCCUAAUCGUCCUUCCUCUCUCCGGGGCUGACUCCCGCUUCAAGAAGACCCUUCUCCUUCGCACUCUCCGCACCCUCCUCCUUAAGGCCUCCCUCUCCGAAACUGCGCUCCAAAUCCUCGAACACCUCGAAGAACUCGAUGGUGUCUCCACCUCCGUCGCGCUCCGCCGCGCGUACCUGGCCGUUGCCGUCGAGUGCACUGUCAAGUACCUCGCCGCCGCCCCCGAUGACCCCGAGGGGGAGUUUUCUGGCGCCGUGAAGCGGAUCUGGCGCGGCCGCGUGGCGGCGCUGGAGGCGCGCCGGAGCGGGCUGGUGUCUGGCGAGCUGGUGCGGUGGCGGGACGACGUGGAGGCAGCGCUUGGGGAUUCUAGGGCUUGCGAGAGGUUGGCGGAUUUCAAUAGCAGGAGGGAGGCGAUGAAAGAGGUGAGGGCGUAUUUGAAGGAAGCGUCGGAAUCGAUGGGUCCUUCGUUCUUGGAAUCGGUUGCGGCGAUGUCGAAGGGUUUAACCAAGGAGAAAGAUGAUUUUGUUAUUAGUGGUGACGGGUGUGAUAGUGAUCAUGAUAAUGGAAAUGAUGGUGAUCAUGGCUGCAUGGAGGAUGUGGUAAUGCAUGAUGAGAAUCAGACCAAGCAACAAUUGGAAGAGAAAAUUGAGGCGAAUCAGGAAGUGGGUGGACGUGACUUGCUACUUCAGGGAGAUAAAGUAAUUCAAAAGCGGAAUCUUCGGGUUAAACACAAACACUCUGCACUUCGUGCAUGUCAUAGGGGAGUUAAAAUAAAUGGUUCAGAGGAAGUGGAGUCCGCAAAAUCACUGAGCAAACAUGAUUCUGUUCCUAGUUCUGAAGUAAAAAAAGUUAGAGAAUCCCUUAAAUCGAGUUCUUACGAUUUAAGAGCAUUGGUCAAAGAUCCUCUUCCUGAUGCAUUGCAUUUAUCUGAAGCUGUAAGAUCGAAAUUGGCUAAUAGUGAUACAAAUAUCGAGCCACCUAUUGAAAAACAGAGUCCAGAUGUAGAUGUACCAGAUCCAAAUGUUUGCCAGAGUAUUGUACUUUUUCAGUCUAAUGAUGCCAAUCUUGGGAAGGAGUCUUCUGUUCAUUCUAGUGAUUUACAUCAGCCCAACUUAAUGGAACGAAACAGAAGUGCCCAGACAUUUGAGUGGGAUGAUUCAAUAGACAACUCGCCACAAGCAAGACAGACUAGGAGGAGGAAAAGGAGAUGGAGUUCUUUGGAAGAGGAGACACUAAGGGCCGGUGUAAAAAUGUUUGGAGAAGGAAACUGGGCAACAAUAAAAAGUUUUUACAGUAACAUAUUUGACAACAGAAGUGGAGUUGAUCUGAAGGACAAGUGGAGAAACAUGUUACGAUGACCCAAAUGUGCUACUUGAACAUUCAUGUCUAUAUCUUGUGGAGGUUUGGUGCCUAUGAAGCACAAACACAAACAAUAGACAUGACAUCGAUAUUGCAACCAUGGUAGACUUUGUAAUACUUUCAGGUAAUGUCAAUUUUGAUAGCAGCUUCACUUUGUGCGAUCAAGUUUUAUUAAAACACCAUCAAAUAGUACAGUUAGUGAGGACCAACUGGUAUCCAAAGCCCAAGCACGGAUCUUUCAAACACAUCAUUCAUCCGUGACUGGUUUCAACUGCUCAGCUAAAGGUUCCCUUCUGGUAGUGCGAAAGAUGAAGUCAAUUUCGAGGUCUGAAUUGUACAGUUAUGGUGUUUAAGUUUUAAUCUGUAUAUGCAAUUAUAGUUCCUUUUAACGGCUACAAGUAUGAUAUUGAUAGCCAUGUAAAUUUAUAAUCUAACUCAUGUUUUCUCUUGUAAGAACUCACAGAUGGGGUACAUAAACUUUAACUGUAAUGUUUUUUCUUAUUUCCUUUCCUUGUGUACUUUGGCUGGUGAUUGGGCCUCAAAACUAGCUAGAUUUUCAUCA